AUGGACAAUUGGCCUGUGCUGAGUCGCCUCAAGAGGGCCGUGAAAAAGGCGAGACUCCUCUUGAGCUUCGAUGUCCGCCGGUGGCGCCUCGCGCUGGUGAUCGGCGCCGCAUCGGGCAAGAGCUGGCAGCGGCGCCGCCUGAGCUUUGACGACUGGCCCGGGCUGAUGGGCUGCAUGGACGACGGCGGCCGAGCCGGGUCCGAGAGCUCGGGCUCUCGCCGGGAGAUCUGGAGGACGAUGAGCUACCCGUCGUCGCCGUCGGAGGAGGACGACAUCGACAAGAGGGCGGACGUGUUCAUCUCGAACUUCCAUCGGCAGCUUCAGAUGGAGAGGCAGAUCUCUCUUGAGCUCAGAUAUUGCAGAGCAAAUAGUUUUGGCUCCAUGUCUUCUUGA